AGCGGCAGAGCGAGGAGUGGGAUUUGAGUGGAUAACAUUGCUGAAGGGCUGGGGCCUGGGGCAGUUCCCCUGGGAACUGGUUUGGGAUGGAAGCUAGGAAGGCAGUGGGGCCAAAAGGAAAUAUUUUAGAGGAAGGGGCGUGGCUGGAAGAAAAUGUCCGUGGGAUUGAGUUUUUCCUUGAGGCGAAAUAUUCUGAGUUGGAUGGGAGGGGCCUAAGGUCUUCCACUUUCGCCUUGGUGCCUGUCUUCGCCCACCUGAGCAUCCUCCAGAGCCUCGUCCCAGCUGCUGGUGCAGCCUCUCCUGUUGCCAUCACUGCCCAGCACCUGUGCUACAGCCAUGUCACUCCUGGCGACCCUGGGGCUGGAGCUGGACAGGGCCCUGCUCCCAGCUAGCGGGCUGGGAUGGCUCGUAGACUAUGGGAAACUCCCCCCGGCCCCUGCCCCCCUGGCUCCCUAUGAGGUCCUUGGGGGAGCCCUGGAGGGCGGGCUUCCAGUGGGGGGAGAGCCCCUGGCAGGUGAUGGCUUCUCUGACUGGAUGACUGAGCGAGUUGAUUUCACAGCUCUCCUCCCUCUGGAGCCCCCCUUACCCCCAGGCACCCUCCGCCAACCUUCCCCAACCCCACCUGACCUGGAAGCUAUGGCCUCCCUCCUCAAGAAGGAGCUGGAACAGAUGGAAGACUUCUUCCUAGAUGCCCCGCUCCUCCCACCACCCUCCCCGCCGCCACUACCACCACCACCACUACCACCGGCCCCCUCCCUCCCCGUGGCCCUCCCCUCCUUUGACCUCCCCCAGCCCCCUGUCUUGGAUACUCUGGACUUGCUGGCCAUCUACUGCCGCAACGAGGCUGGGCAGGGGGAGGUGGGGAUGCCGCCUCUGCCCCCGCCACAGCAGCCCCCUCUUCCUUCUCCACCUCAACCUUCUCGCCUGGCCCCCUACGCACAUCCUGCCACCACCCGAGGGGACCGCAAGCAAAAGAAGAGAGACCAGAACAAGUCGGCGGCUCUGAGGUACCGCCAGCGGAAGCGGGCAGAGGGUGAGGCCCUGGAGGGCGAGUGCCAGGGGCUGGAGGCACGGAAUCGCGAGCUGAGGGAACGGGCAGAGUCCGUGGAGCGCGAGAUCCAGUACGUCAAGGACCUGCUCAUCGAGGUGUACAAGGCCCGGAGCCAGAGGACCCGUAGCUGCUAGAAGGGCAGGGGUGUGGCUUCUGGGGGCUGGUCUUCAGCUCUGGCGCCUUCAUCCCCCUGCCUCUACCUUCAUUCCAAACCCCUCUCGGCCGGGUGCAGUGGCUUAUGCUUGUAAUCCCAGCACUUUGGGAGGCCAAGGCAGGAGGAUCGUUUGAGGCCAGGAGGUCAAUACCAGCCUGGGCAACAUAGUAAGACCCUGUCUCUAUUAAAAAAAAAAAAAACCCUUCUUCCCCACCAAACCACCCAACUCCUCUCUACUCUUAUCCUUUUAUCCUCUGUCUCUGCUUAUCACCUCUCUUGCGUAUUUCUGGAUCUUCUUCCCUCCUUUCUCAUCCAAAUCAUGAAAUGUUUGGCCUUAGUCAAUGUCUAUGCCUGUCACAUAACAGCCGAGGCACCGAGGCCCACAGGGAAGCAGCUGGGAGCUUGGAAACCUGGUCUCUUGAAUUUCAAACCUGGUUUCUUACAGGUGGUUGUCUGGGGUGGGUGGAGUGGUGACAGGAUAGAGCUGAAGGACUAUGCAAAUGAGGAAGUAAGUCAGGGCGGGCUUUGAGAAGGGGACCCAUAUCCUACAGGCAAAAAGCAGGCUAGGUGACCUUGGGACACUACGCUAAGGGAGGGAGGCUAAAGGCGGCCAGGUUUGCAGUGUGGGAAGAUGAGCAGGCCAGUGGGAGGAGGGGCAGGGCAGGGCUGUAGUUGGUGACUGGGUGUUCAUUUUAGCUCUGAGAAAAAAAAUUAGUGUUUUGUGAAGGUGUUGGAGAGGGGCUGUGUCUGGGUGAGGGAUGUCGGGGUACUGAUUUUUUUGGGAGGUUAUGAGCAAAAAUAAAACGAAACAUUUCCUCUG